AUGGGUAACAAAAUGGAAGGCGAUAUUGCCAUUGAGAAUCUCAAGAAAUUCGUGGAGGACAACAACAGGCUUGGCCGCAACGCUAUUCGGCAAGCGUACAGGCAAGCGGGGAAAGCCGCCACUAAGACAUUCAAACGGCUCCAGAAUGUGCUACGGAUGUGGGCUAGCGUUAACGGCGAGAAAACGGGUAACCCCACAGCACUACCCUUCCAAAUGGCUCAAUGUUACCAACUCUGUCCCCGUGGCGUCGGGAUAAAUCCCCAGUCGAUGCUUAGGGAUUCAUCCCGUGGCAGAGAAGCACAGGGUUCAGGCCAUUUCAAGGGUCUCGCUGUAGGACCGCUGAACAGUGACGCC